AUGUCUCCCCAACUAGAGAUCCCAUAUAUGCAUUAUGUUUUAGUAUACCUGGAUCAAUCUGGGAAGAUCCAAUAUCAGCUUUCGCCAUCGAUGCAAGACCAACCACGGAUUUUAUCUCUGAACUUGGAGAAGCAUUUUUUACAACACAUCCAGCGAGAAACUAUACACAACAAUUGCCAAUUUCCCCGGGAACACAUGCGAAAACGCCAACGUGUUGAGUAUUCAACUAGUGACGACACAUCCGAGGAGUCCGACUUAGAUGAGCCAGUAGAACAAAGUGAACCCAUGGAUAAGAUCACCUUACCGAUCGGAGAUGAACAAAAGGUGCUGGCUUAUUAUGUGGAAGCCUUCAAAGCAUUUCAACAGAUCAACUGCCGUGAGAUUGCGAAGGCUUGUAUCAAGGUGAUUGAACCACACAAGCAAACGAAACAUCCAUAUAAUGGGGGAAAUACUCGGGAUCCUGAAAGUACUAAGCCAUGUUGGUGGCCUACUGAUGUGAUACACAAAGAGCCGGACCAUCUAAAAAAACAUGACCGUAUACAAUUACUUAUUCACAUAUUCCGGAAGAGCCGUUGCUCUGCAAGGAAGCUUCGAUAUGCGAGCAAAGAAGUACAGCAACAUAUUAAACCCCCUGAGAAAUUAGACAUUUUGAACGAGAUAUACCGUGUGAGAGAAGCAGAAGAGCGCUAUGAAAGGGGUGAAAUUGAUGCAAAUUCAGAGAUUUUUGUGACCGAGAAACGCAAAAAGGUUCUGAGGACGAUCAGGAAUACAAUAAAACACAGGACCGAGAAACAGGAUUCAGAUACCGACAAAUAUCAACCUGGAAAUAUGCCUGAAAAUGACCCAAGUGUGCGGAAGUCUCCUCUCAAGCAGCAUUGGACAAUUCCCAAUUUUGAAGACAGUGGAGCGAUGUUCCCACUACCAAAUGCCUCGGAGGGAAUCAAAACUGAGUAUGAGAAGUUCACACCAAUGGUAUCUCCCACCGGUUAUCUGAAUGGAAUCGCUGCAUCAUCGGGCGAACGAUCAUCCUAUCAAAGAUGUGCCAGUGCCGAAUAUCAAACAGUAACAUCAUUCCAACAGCCAAUCCCUAGCAUCUAUCGUGCUGGUAUGAUUCCUCCUCAACAGUUCAUUCCCCAUUCUGUUCCAGCGGAUGUUGUCGGUCGUUUGUUGUGUCUUGUGGCCACCGGUGUGGAGAGGUUGAGAGGCGAUGAAGAAGAUGAAGAAAGAAGGGCAGAGCAAAGGGGAGUGUAG